CUUUAAUAAAAACUCUUUAGUUAAUUUUUAGUUCGUGUACAAAUAAGUGCAAUUAUGGAAAUACAUAUGAUUUAUAUAUUAACUUUUAUUUCUUUUAUAAAUUCAAACACCAUCGAAAAUAGUUAUUCCUUCAUUAAUUGCUUGAGCGAACAGAAUUGCUCACUGAUGGGCUGUCCAGAACUAAAUUGUAAAAUUUGGCAAAUUCCAGUCACUAAACCAUGCGAAUGCUGCCCGGUUUGCGAACCGCCAUAUUGCAAAUCACCAGAGGAAUGUAAUUUUCAUCUAUGUCCACCACCGCAUUGUCAACCAGGGGAAGCAGCCAGGAAAUUACCUUGUACAUGCUGUCCAGUUUGCUUACCAGAAGGUUGCCAAACACCAUCCGAAUGUGAAGCCGUAUUGUGUGAUUAUGUUUCUUGUCCUAAAGGUCAAAUCUCUAAAACGUUACCUUGUAAGUGUUGUCCUCAAUGUGUACCAGAAAAUUGCAAAGGACAUGACGAUUGCGAAGGUGUUAUAUGCCCACAAAUCGAAUGUCAGUAUUAUCAACAACGUACAAUUCCUCCUUGUGAGUGCUGCCCUGUUUGUGAACCACAGAAGUGUCAAACAGCUGCAGAUUGUGCUUUAAUUGUUUGUGGAAAUCCGAAAUGCAAACCUGAUGAAAUUGCUAAUAAACAUCCUUGUAGGUGUUGUCCGAUUUGCGUUCCAGAAUUAUCAAGAUUACUGGAUGAAUGCCCGAUGUUCACCUGUAAGAAAUUAGAUUGCCCAUCUAAUUUUGUUGCUAAAAAAAUGACUGGAUGUUGUCCUGAAUGCGUGCCUGAGGAUUGUAUGACGCCCGUUGAUUGCAAUUCAGUUUUAUGUUUAAAACCUAAAUGUGAACCUGACGAAACGCUCGUGACACCAUUUUGUCAGUGCUGUCCAGUUUGCAUGAGAAAAUAUAAUAAUUGAACAUCAUGUAAAUAGGUAAUG